UAGCGUCGGAUUGACUACAGUGCCUUUCUCGAUUCGGGGUUUAAAAAACGUAUUCAGCGGUUAUUGUCAGCUAACGGUUUAGCUCCGUUGUCGUCUGUCGACAUGGGCUUGCCGUGGUCGAAGGCUGUCGGUGGAUGUAUCCUUCCCCACGGACUUUAACAACGGGAUGAAGCUGCUCUCCGGACCUAAAGAGAUGCCGUUCAGUUAGCUUCUCCGCAGGUCAGAUUUGUGUGCCGUACAACAAGCUAACAGGCUAGUUGAUACGCUGUGGCAAGUAAAUAACAAACGGGGAGUUAUGGCGCGGUUGGAGAAACUGUCAGAUUUCGGGGACUAUACUGGCAGUAAAGAGCUAACUGACAUUCUUCAGCUGACUAAUAACAGUCUGUCAGACGUCCGCCUGAGCCCAGAUGGUCGUCACAUCCAUGUCAUCCUCCGCAAGCCUAAAGCCGGUCUUGUGACUUUUGACAAGUAUGAAAGAGGCCAGCUGGUCCAGAACCAUAAGAAGCUGGAUUUGUGGUCGACACGACCCGUGCCCAUUGUGGAUAUUUUAUAUUUGGACCAUAAUGAUAAUAACAGCGGCAGCAAGAGAGACACAGCAGCCGUGGCAGUGGUGUAUGAGAAUGGAAAAGCUGAGUUUUGGAAAUUCCAGGAGUGCAAAGCUGGCUGGCAUCUCCUGCAAACAUCAGACUUGUGCAACAGUCCCCGGGCCAGAGUGGUAUCUGUGUGUGCUUGCUCCAAUCUUAUCAUCUGGUGUGAGGAGAGGCCACCCUCAGAAAGCUCCCCUGCUCUCAGCUCUACGAGGAAUAAGCUGAGAUACUGUGUUUGCAGACGUGACUUUGAUGUGGAGGAGGGGGUCGUCAGCCUGGGGGGGGUGAAAAUCGCCCUCCACAACAAUCCUAAAUUCACUGUGGUCAGCUCAGGGGAAUAUGUGCAUCUUCUUCCUGACUUGAAAGUGAAGCCACUGUUGAGCAUUUCCAAAUUCUUCCUCUCCUGGUCCCCUCGCCAUGACUCCUUCAGGAUCAGCACCACAUGUAAAAACACUCCCCUAAAAAAGUUUUCAGCUAAAGAGUCCGACUUUAAGAGGUUGGUGACUGACUCUUUGGGAUAUUUAUCGACUCUUGAGCCACCUGAGAUCUACAACUUCUCUCCUACAGGCUGUGGAGGCCUGCUGCUGCUGCUUAGCACAGGCUGGCUGUGUCUCCUGCAGAAAGAUGGGAUGCUGCGACAGGUAUUCAAACAGGCAGACAACUGCUUGGUAAAAUACGGUACUCACACUAGCCUCUGCAUGUACCAGGACACCCUGGCGCUGCUGGUGGGGCAAAACCUGCAUGUGGUAGAUGUGAACUGUGGCAGGGAGUUGGAAAAGAUUGUGCUGGAGAGAGAGGGGUUAUUAUAUACAAACCGAGCUGAAAGACGUACACCUCACCUGCUCUCAGAAACCGGACUUUUCGUGGUCGUGAACAAGGAGACAGACUCCAGAGAUUGUAACUCUAAGAUGAAGCCCUCUGGUUUCAGUACAGUGGAGGGUAUUCAUCCUGGAGGCCUCCUGGUAGAGGCUGUCUUUGAGGAGGCCUGUAAAUACUACCAGCAGAGGAGCCUGAGCAGCACCCAGCUCACCGUGGACACACUGAAGAAAGGAGGUAGGUUCCAGGCUCCCAUCUCUUUAGCCUCCAUCCUCAGGAACUACUUCAGUGCAGGGCCGAAGCAGAAGGGAGCAGAGCUGUCCCAGAAUGGGGGCGGUGGAUGUAUGGCGGGGCAAGACAAGCUAAUGGGCUCUCUGGAGGCCGAGCUGAAGGCUCUGGUCGCUCUGGAGGAUGUGAAGGGGAGUUUAGUGAGGGGAAGUGUUAAAGAGGUGGAGGUAGUGUGUGAAAGUCUUGUUGAAAAAGAAGUAGCCAGACUGCUGUCAUCCUCAGAGCUGGACAAAGAGACUCUGCUUUACCUCAACUCCAUCUUCAGCAUCUUCCCUUGCCAGGCGUGGAGAGCGGCGCAGGCUGCCCUCCAGCUACACUACAACGGUGAGGGCUCUCUGUCGAGCAAGGCGCCCCCAGAUGUGUGGAAAACUGUCCUCAGUCCUGCUUCAACCUCCAGCAACCCGGCCUCCCUCCGAUUCGCAAACGGGGGGCCAAAAUGCCUUCCCAGCCUCAACGGUGAUCACUUUGCCAACUGUAAAGCCAAAUCUCCAAGCUCCAAUUUGCCAGCUGCCUUGCCUGUGUUUGAACUCCUCUGCCACUCAGUUUUCCACUUCCAGCCCAGCUGGCUGCCCAGGUUCCUCGAGGCGGCCCAGCAGCAGCAGGGCUCAGCCGGUCUGGGCCUGAGUCUGGCAUCUUCCUCCUGGAGCUUCUCCAGUGGGAGAGGUGGGGAGGGCGGGGAGAACAAUGUGCCGCUCUACAAACGAGCUCUGUGCGUCUUGUCCAGCCUGGGCCUAGACAGAGACCAACACCAGGACUUGGAGGUUGAGCUGCUGCUGGUCAGCGGGCGGCCUAAUGCCAUCCUGCAGGCGAUGAGGGUCCUCAUGGCCAAACAGGAGUGGGAGCGGGUCACCCAGGUGGCCCAGAAGUUCUGCAAACAGAGUCCCCUGCUCAACAAGGAGAUUUUCACUACUCUCCUGUGUGAGGUGGCCCACCACAGAGAUCUGGACCCAUAUUUGGACCUAUUGUGGACUCUGUGCCCUGAGGACCUCUCUGUCACCACCAUACUCAACUUGGUGCUGAAAAGCCUCCCCUCUCCUAACAGCCCCUCUUCCUCCUCCUCUUCUUCCUCCUCCUCCUCCUCAUUCUCCAUGUCAACUACAACCUCCUCAUCCCCUGCUCCUUUUGCAGACCCCCACAGCAGCCAGUUGACCAUCGGGCUGUUGAAACCUCUGCUGAGAAAAGUCCUUCAGCGGGAGACCAAGCCCAGCCAGCGCUACGCUGACAUCCUCCAGUCCCCGGUGUUUCCCCCUCCAGCACCUCCUCGUCAGCCUGCAGAGCAGCCCAGCACAGACUCUGCUCUGGGCAACAACAUCUCCCCGGCUCUUCUCGCAGAAACACCUGAACAGCAGUCGUCCACACACACAACUGUGCAAAGGGCCAGGGUGGCACUACCUGCAAACCCAUUCUGAUUUACAUAAAAACGAACUAAGCAAGCUUACAAUGGAGAAGAAAAUAUCACUGUGCUGACAAUCAAAUUAAAACAUAGUAACAUCAGUAUGUUACAGGUAUCAUCAGUGUAAUGCAGUUAUUUGAUAGUGUUUUUAAACAGAUUGGUAAUUUCAGAUGAAGUAUGACAUCUAGAAACAAUGAAAUGACUACUGAAGAUCUUACUGGUGUAAAUACUGCAGGUAAUUUUAAAGUCUUAAUGUGUACAUACUGUAUCUGCAAUGUUAUUUAUCUCUUAAGCCUUAACUGCACGUGGAUGAGAGAGGUAUUGCAUAGUCUUGCAUUGAAUAAGUUUAGCCUUCAUCAGAAUGUCAUUAAUAAAUAAUAUUAAUAUAUUGUGUUAAGUGUUUAACUGCUCAGACAAACAAACAAAGCCACUAACUCCCAUUUUAGUGUGUGUACCUGUGUGUACAACACUGGCUGUCUUAAGUAGCUGAUGUCUGUUAAUUGUAGCCAAGUAUAGCUGCCUUUCACUUGUUGAUGACAAAGUGCAUUCCUGCAGUGGGUAAUCUACUGAGUUUUAUCCAGACAAGCUAGCCUUUGUGUUUGAAUGUUUGUUUUAAGUGAGGUAUGGUUGAGAGGGGAGG